GCGGGGAAUUUUUAAAGCCCGUCCAAAUCGGGACUAAACUACGGCAACCCGGAGAGGAGCGGGGCGACGACGACGAGCGGGGCUGUCCCGAGCCGGUCGGGGCAGUUAGCAGGAUGGGGCGGCGGCCGGUGCGGCGGUUACCAUAGCAACGGUCAGCACUUUGGGGAUCCAGAGGCCUUGAGCUGGGACUGGGCCACAUCCUAUAGUGACAUAUAGCAGCAGGAGCAGGAGCAGCAGGAGGAGGGGAGGGGGGUGACCCUGGGAUCAUGACCAUCCCGGGAACAACUCCACACACAGCACCCCAACUCUGGCAGGUGGAAUUUAGAGUAUUAGGACCUUGUAUCGAUGAGGUCCUCUAAGCAGCUGGGGAGUUAAUGUUGCCAUGCAGUGCUUGGAUAUCUCUUCUUCUUAGCACAGUGCAUAAAUUAUGGUGAGAUAAUAGAGACUUCGAACCAAAGCUUUCUUUCAUAUUGAAAACAAUUGCCUAUGUGUGACGAUGUCUACAGUACCCUCACCACCUCCCCCGGCUGAGAUGUCAAGUGGGCCUGUAGCUGAAAGCUGGUGUUACACACAGGUCAAAGUAGUGAAGUUUUCCUAUAUGUGGACCAUAAAUAACUUCAGUUUUUGCCGAGAAGAAAUGGGGGAAGUUUUAAAAAGUUCAACUUUUUCCUCUGGGCCAAAUGAUAAGAUGAAAUGGUGUCUUAGGGUUAACCCUAAGGGAUUAGAUGAUGAAAGCAAAGAUUAUCUCUCCUUAUACUUACUCCUCGUCAGCUGUCCAAAAAGUGAAGUUCGAGCAAAAUUUAAGUUUUCUCUCCUCAAUGCUAAAAGGGAAGAAACGAAGGCUAUGGAAAGUCAAAGAGCAUAUCGGUUUGUUCAAGGCAAAGACUGGGGCUUUAAGAAGUUUAUUAGACGGGAUUUUUUACUUGAUGAAGCCAAUGGUCUUUUGCCGGACGAUAAACUUACACUUUUUUGCGAGGUCAGUGUGGUUCAAGACUCGGUGAACAUAUCCGGCCAAUCUAGUACAAACAACUUAAAAGUACCAGAAUGUCGGCUCGCUGAAGAUUUAGGCUAUCUCUGGGAAACCACAAGAUUUACAGAUUGCAGCCUGUAUGUAGGAGGACAGGAAUUCAAAGCUCAUAAAUCUAUCCUUGCAGCUCGCUCUCCAGUAUUUAGUGCAAUGUUUGAACAUGAGAUGGAAGAAAGUAAAAAGAAUAGAGUAGAUAUUCAUGAUGUAGACCCUGAAGUGUUUAAAGAAAUGAUGAGGUUCAUUUACACCGGUAAAGCGCCUAAUCUUGACAAGAUGGCUGAUAACUUGUUGGCAGCAGCAGAUAAAUAUGCACUGGAACGGCUAAAAGUCAUGUGUGAAGAAGCGUUGUGUAGUAACCUCUCAGUAGAAAAUGUUGCCGAUGUCCUUAUAUUGGCAGAUUUGCACAGUGCAGAGCAACUGAAAGCACAAGCAAUAGACUUUAUAAACCGAUGUAGUGUUCUCAGGCAAUUGGGUUGCAAAGAUGGGAAAAACUGGAAUAGCAAUCAAGCAACAGACAUAAUGGAAACAGCAGGCUGGAAAUCCAUGAUCCAAUCCCAUCCACACUUAGUAGCAGAGGCCUUCAGAGCACUCGCUUCCGCACAGUGCCCACCGUUUGGAAUUCCAAGAAAGCGGCUAAAACAGUCAUGAAUUGGCAUAUGAACUUUCUGUCUUUUCAAAUUCUAUAAGGACAUUAGCUCUGGCUCCUGAGCUGGCUGAAGAGUUUGUUCUUCUCUUUGCUCUGAGACCACCAGAGGCCAAGCAAGACUGCAGUUCAUACUAACCCGGCAUGGCGUGCCAGAUGAGCAAUGAACUCCUUGCGUCUUAAGCACCUUGUGAACGCAAAAAAUAUAAAGGCCUGUGCACGGUCUUGCUCGCUUUUAAAUGAUGUACCAAUUCAGUCUCUUUGAGAGACCACUCCACAUGGGUGGGGUGAGGCAUAGAGUCCCUUGGUAUCACACAUACCUGCCACAGGUCCUGUAUUUGAUCGGACAUGCCCAUAGAAUUGAAAAUCAAUUGUAGUGUUUGCUUUGCGGAUAGAUGACCUGAUCUAAUCCACAGCUUUAAAAUUUAGACUGGUCUCUAAUUCACUGAAUGGCCUUAAAUUCCUUUUAAUAGACCCAGUCUAAAUUGUCUCAUAUUUGCCAGUUGUGUCAGAUUUUUCUUUAUCUCUCUGCUUUUUUUCCCCUUUUUUGUAUUUGUUUUUUGUUUUUACAGAUCGUGCCUUGUCAUGUGACUUGGCUACGCAGGAUUGCACUAACUCCAUACUGCAGUAAUAACAGAAUAUAAAUGUAUUGUUAACAUAAGCUUUGAUUUCUCUCUCUCUCUCUCUCUCUCUCUCUCUCUCUCUCUU